AUGUUGGAAUCCAGCACACAACCUGCCUGGGAGCGGGGCAGCGCUGACUCACGGGCUGAGUCACCGGGAUCGCAUCCCACUGCCUCCGAGCGGGCAGCAUCCCAGCCAGAACGCCACCGAACACCUUUCCUCAAUGACAGCUCCUUUGUCACUGCCCAGACGUCAGCACCGCCUGGGAGAGCGGGACGGGGAUGGAAAAAACACCCCGCGGGUUGUGCAAACAGCCCCGAGGGCAUGGAUGGUGUAAAAACAGUGAUUUGGGGUUUUUUGUGUUUAUUGACGUGGUCUGUGCAGGGGCAGAGCUCACACAGAGCCUCGCUGGCAGGGCUGGGCUGGAGCCACGGAGCUGCAGCUGCUGGUGAGGUCUGGUGUCACCUGGGGAGGGAUGGACACCCAGGAGCUGUCACACAAGGUCUGGUGUCACCCCAAGCAGGGAUGGACAUCCAGGAGCUGUCACACAAGGUCUGGUGUCACCUGGGGAGGGAUGGACAUCCAGGAGGUGUCACACAAGGUCUGGUGUCACCCCAAGGAGGGAUGGACAUCCAGGAGCUGUCACACAAGGUCUGGUGUCACCCCAAGGAAGGAUGGACAUCCAGGAACUGUCACACAAGGUCUGGUGUCACCCCAGGGAGGGAUGGACAUCCAGGAGCUGUCACACAAGGUCUGGUGUCACCCAAGGAGGGAUGGACACCCAGGAACUGUCACACAAGGUCUUGUGUCACCUGGGGAGGGAUGGACACCCAGGAGCUGUCACACAAGGUCUUGUGUCACCUGGGGAGGGAUGGACAUCCAGGAGCUGUCACACAAGGUCUGGUGUCACCCCAACCAGGGAUGGACAUCCAGGAGCUGUCACACAAGGUCUGGUGUCACCUGGGGAGGGACAUCCAGGAGCUGUCACACAAGGUCUGGUGUCACCUGGGGAGGGAUGGACAUCCAGGAGCUGUCACACAAGGUCUGGUGUCACCUGAAGAGGGAUGGACACCCAGGAGGUGUCACACAAGGUCUGGUGUCACCUGGGGAGGGAUGGACAUCCAGGAGCUGUCACACAAGGUCUGGUGUCACCCCAAGGAGGGAUGGACACCAAGGAGCUGUCACACAAGGUCUGGUGUCACCUGGGGAGGGAUGGACAUCCAGGAGCUGUCACACAAGGUCUGAUGUCACACCAAGCAGGGAUGGACACCCACGAGCUGUCACACAAAGUCUGGUGUCACCUGGGGAGGGAUGGACACCCAGGAGCUGUCACACAGGGUCUGGUGUCACCUGGGGAGGGAUGGACAUCCAGGAGGUGUCACACAAGGUCUGGUGUCACCUGGGGAGGGAUGGACAUCCAGGAGCUGUCACACAAGGUCUGGUGUCACCCCAAGCAGGGAUGGACAUCCAGGGGACCAGGAACUGCUGGGCAAGGUCUGACAAUCACCUGAAGAGUGAUGGCCAUCCCAGGAGCUGGGAGUGACCACACAAAGUCUGGGCUGUCACCCAAGGAAGGAUGGACAUCCCAGGGGCUGUCACACAAAGUCUGAGCUGUCACCUGAGGAAGGAUGGCCAUCCCAGGGACCAGCUGUGGCUCAGCAGGGCUGCUGGAGCCAGGCCUGGAGCUGCAGCCCAGAAAUACCUCGAGGCA